UGGAAGUGUGUCAUAGGGCUCUCUGUGACACGUCCUGACAUAGGUGCUGGUGGCCACACGGCCACGCCACAGCGCUCGGUGCACACAGCGGGACAGGGCGGUGCUGUGAGGAGCUCCACACAGCCAACUUCUUUCCUGCUGACCUGGAGCUUCUUCAAGAAGUUUUCUGUACAGGUGACCUUGAGGCCAGACUGUGGGACUUGGGAAUCCAUAGCAUUUCCAAGGUUUCUCUUUUGCAGGUGCCCUCAAGGACAGUCUGGAGGACUUGCUGACCCAGAGCCUUUACAAAAUAUCUCCUGUCACUGUGGUAGGAGGCCUUCAGGGGAGACUGCAGGACUUAUCCCAAGCCUUCUCUACUGUAGGUGCAUUCAAGGCAUGGCUGCAGCAGUUGCUGACCUGCAGCUUUUUCAAGGUGUCUCCUGCAACUAGCCAUAAAUCCAGACACUGGCAUGGCAGAGACACCUCCAAGCCUACCCAAGAAGGUGGAAAAAUGCCCUAGUGCUGCCCCACCACAGCAACAGAAUGACUUGCCACAGUUCCAGCUGCUGGAGAAGGGGAGGGACCAGACACAAGGACCAGACUCUACCCAUAGCUGCUGGCACUCUGUAUGCCAGAUGUUUACGAACCUCACAGGCACUCGGUGCCGAGAGAUGAGCAGCAUGUUUACCAAGGCUGCAGCAGAGCCGGGCCCCACAGCCACUCAGAGCAUAGCUCCUGCUCCCAGCCUGGAUCUCUUUGGGGACAGAGUUGUCUCCAGUCCAAGUCAAGUGCCAGGCUUUGUUAGGAACAUGCACCAGAGGCUUGUGUCCAAUGGGCCUCCAGACGAGGGGCUGUUCAUGGACAUCCUGAGGCUGACUGAGGCACACCCCACUGAUGUUGCAGUGACCCUCCUGCGCUGUGCCCCAUCAUGUGACAGAGCUGCUGCAAUCAUGUGGAAGACCAUAGCCUCAUCAAGAACAACACUGGAAAAGGUGCUGCCAACACUGCUUUCUGUGAUGGAGGGCUGGCCACUGCAGAAAAUGUACACCUCUGAUGGGGACAAUGAGGAUGUGUUUGCCCUGGCUGCAACCAGGGUGCUUUGGGAGAUUCUCCGCCUGCCCUGGUGCCCAGAGCCAUUUGUGGAAUAUUUCCCCAAUCUCUUUGUGGCUCUGCUCUUCCAAGUUUACAUCAGUACAGAGCAGGUAUCAGAGGACAUAAAUACUUUAUGGAAAAGAUGUCAGGAGGAAAAUGGCCUUCCCACCAAUAUCAACAGAUUUGUAGUGAACACUGUGAGGGCACUGUUACACCACCUGCGUUGUCUGGAUUUACUGAUGGCAGUGGAACGCAAGUGUGCCUGGGACACGCUGCUCUGUGCCGACACCCACCACUAUGCAGUGGGUCUGCUGGCCAGGGAGAUGCGCCGUGUCAGCCGACCCUUCUGUUCCGGCACUGCAUUCCGCCUGCUCAGGUGGCUCAGCAGGGAGGAGCCACGCUGGGAUCUGGCUGCCCUGGCGUUCCUGGUGGAGGUCCUGGACUGCCUGGACUUGAGUGAAUGGGGUAACUUAAUACUGGAGAUCAUGACAAAGUAUCUGCAGAGCAAGUCCAUGGAGAGGUGUCACCUGGCACUCAAAGGCCUCGUGGUGCUCAGCAAGGACCCCUCGAUGGCCAAAAAACUAUGCAGCCUCUCUGAACGCCUUGUGGAGCUACUGAGGAAUGAAGACACAGAGGUGGUCAAGAGGAGUCUCUCUGUGUUCACAAAUCUACUCCUGAACAAAGAUAUCCUAACAUCCAGCUCUACAGCCCCAAAAUUGGCUGAGGUGCUCCGGCCCCUCUUUGACCAUGACAACAGCCAUGUGCAGCAGCUUUCCAUUCGCCUCUAUCGAGAUGUGAUGGAAACAGUAGUGGAACAGGGAAAGAAGCCCCUGAAGAUGCUUGUGAGCCAGAGCCUGCUCCCGCUCUUCUUCCAUUGCCAUGAUGAGAACCAGCGUGUGGCACAGGCCUCUCGGGAGACGCUGCUUUGUGCAGUAACUUUCCUAAAGAAGAGGAAGGAUCUCCAGCGGCUGCUGAAGACGGAUGACCUGUGGAGCUUUGCCGAGCGCUUGCUGGCAGAGGACAGGAGCCGAGCGGCCGAGCACCUGCGCCGGGCCCUGCCCUACCUGCAGAGCCCGCAGGAGCCCCUGCGAGAGGCGGCCGUCAGGACUGCUGGGAUCGCCGGGCUGCUCAUGAGGGGGCAGCCAGAAGAGCUGCAGCUCAUCUGUGAGGCCCUUCAAGCCCUUCGCACAGAUGACAGCCCCUCCAAAACAAACCUGAGAGUUCAAGUCAUGUUAGAUGAAAGAGCUGCAUCACUAGGUUCAUCUUCUGGAUCGAGACAACCAGGACAGCACCAGAUUCCAUGAAAGAGGACACAUCCCCUAGAGAUCAGAGGAGAGCAGGUGGAGCUCCAGGCACAGCUGAUGCUGGGCACACCUGAGCUUGCCUUCUUCCCUCUUUACUGGUCCCUCCCUGCAGCCCUCAGACCCUGCUUGUUCCCUUCUCCUUCUCCCAAGCUUAUCCAGCCCUCAGACCCUGCUUGUUCCCUUCUUCUCCCAAGCUUAUCCCUCUGCUUUGAUUGCCAUUAAUAAACAUUGCAACUUCUUCA